GGGCUCCCUUAGUAUUCGUAUAUUUUUUAGCUUUAACCUUUUGUCUUUAUCUCUGUAUGAUUGUUAACUUGUAAUAACCAUGUUUUUUGUUUGACAGAAGAGAUGUCUCAGCCCGAGGGGAGCUUGCGAGGCGCUGUCUUCGGGGGAAACCCCUCAGCCGGGCCAAGACUGAAAAGGCUCCGGGGGUCCAGGAGCACUGCUGGGACAUCCACCAAGUCCCCGGCAAAGGAGAAGGAGAAAACCCCGUCAGCCCAGGACGCGGGAGCGAUUCUUCCUGCUGCCGGAGCAGGCCAAAUGCCUCCACCACCUCAGCGAACUCCAACCGUCACCCAGGACGCAGGGACGAAGCUUGGGGCUCCGGCUGCGGUGGCCUCCGAUGUGCGCAUUCCAAUCAACCCUCAGAACCUGGAGAAGAUCCCCGAGGCCUUCCGGGGAACGGUGUACGAAUCGGCGAACUACGCCGUUGACCAUAUCUAUAAGUUCACCGAGAAGGAGCUCCGGGCUAUUGAGACAAUGAGCCCGGUUGACAUAAUGGAGUCUUCAAUGGGCAUGACUCUAACGGGCGUCAUCGCUCUUCACCGGAGCAUCGCCAGGGCCAAAACUCAGCUCGAGGAUAUGAGGACCGAGCACCAGGCCAUACUUCAGGAGGUCAAGGUGACUAAAGAUGCCUUGACGACCUCGAAGGCCGAGUUGGAGAAGACCCGCUUGAAGGUUCAAGAGCUCGAGACCUCCCUUGCCACCUCGCGGAAAGACCUCGAGGCUGCGAAGACUGAGCUCCAGGUCGCCCUGGAGGCCGAACGGACCACAUCGAAGCAGUCCAUGCAGGAUCUGUUCUAUCACUGCUGGGCUUUCAACCCGGAGGCUGACUUCUCCUUCAUGUCGCCGAGCCUUUGGGCGAGCUUGCUGGUGAAGUUUCAAGUUCGCCUUGAGAAAGAGGCGCCGCCUUCGGAAACUGGGGAAGCCUCUGGCGCGGCGGAGCAGGGUGAAAUAGCGACCUCCAAAGGGCCAACUGACGGAGCCUAGGGCGCUUUUUCUUUUUUUUUUUAAAGUUUUUUGUAUGUAACCUUUGCAUGAGAUGUUUUCACCUCGAGACAAUUUGCCUUGACGCCUUUAACUUACGUUUUUUUUUAU